UUUUUUUUUUUCAUCAUUGUUAUUACAGUAAUUUUUUUUUUUUAUUAUUUACCACACACGAGAUAAUCGAGCCACGUGUCGCCGAAUGAUUUUGUCAGACACGUUGAGGCGUGUUACUCACUUCGUUGGUAAGAAAUCGCAAGACAGCGAUUUUUGAGAAAAAUUGUUUUUCGAACCUUUCACGACAUAUACAACGCGAAUCGAAUCGAAGACAUGCACCGUCACGAAUGCUGUGGUCAACAACAUCGCAGUCGCCUGUACCGCCGUCGUAGCCACGCGUCUCGUAACUCUUUCGAUUCUCGCGUCAUUGCCGUCGUCAUGUCCAUUUAGCUUCGAUAUUAACAAAGAAAUAGUAAUAUGCAGACAAUCGGCAAAGCAGAUAAUAAAAUGGAUUUUCCUUUAAAUUGGACUGAUAUAUUAUUAAAAUCAAUAUCAGGUAAGACAAAUUAUACUAUAGAUGUAAAAAUAGGAACUAAACGCAUUGCUAGCAACCAAGAUCUAAGAGAUAUUACAAAAAAAAGACGUAAACAAUCAAAUCCUACAAGGAUAUCUUCUAAUGAAGAAAAUACAAAAAAUAGAAGCGACAAAAAAAUAUCACUUUCUACUAAAAAUAAAAGUGAACUGAACAAUAGCGAAGAAGCAACAGAUUUAAAAUUAACUUACUCCCAAUAUCCUUCAGCUUCUUUACCUCUGAAUCUGACGAUAACUGAAAAUCAAAAAUUUUCACCAAUUGAGAUACAAAAUAUACAUUUUUCUAAUGAUAUACAACUGAAAAAUAACUCAUCUACGGAAAUUUCUAAUAAUCCGAAUUCAUUGCAAGGAACAUUUCUGAAAGAAAUUUCACAUAAUUAUAAGAAAGACUAUUCGACUGAAUCUUUAACUUGUAUGAUGCCAUUUUCUAAAAACCAACCAUGCUCAUCAGGGACCAAUGUUGGGCCGACUUCUGUCCAAAUAUUCAAUCCAGAAGCUUUUUGUGAUCAGUGUAAUAAAGAAUUUUGUAACAAAUAUUUUUUGAAAACGCACAAAGCUAAUAAACAUGGUGUUUUCAGUGACGGCCAUUCAAAUAGUUCUAGUUUAGAUCAGUUGGAUAAAAUUAAAAUAACAACAUUGCCCUCGACUUGCGAUUUCUCUUCAAACGUAAAUGAUAAUAAUAUUGGUGCUUCAACAUCAUCAAUGUUUAAAAACCCUGUAUUGUUUUCUCAGUCAUCGGUAAAUCAAAGCACAUAUGUAUCAAAAAAUAUAUUUAACAACCAAACACGAGCGUUUUGUAGUAUAUGCCAAAAAGAGUUCUGUAACAAAUAUUUUGUUAGGAGACAUAAAGCUAAAAUUCAUGGUAUAGCAGACGAUGGAGACUUAAAGUUAACUGAUGAUAUCCCAUUAAACUUCAAAACAAAUUUACAGAUCAAAAAUGAAGUUUUAGAUUCUGGAGUGUCCGAUUCAUGCGAUAAAGAUGUUAAAACAGUAUCGCCAUCUUUUCAUGCUAAUGAAUCCAUAGCUGAAAUUUCAAAAACACAUGAAAAAUUAUUCUUUAAGGACAUUCAAACAUCAGUAGAUAAUGAAAAUGAAAUUGUGAUGAACUACGCAGCAGUCAAAACACAACAUAAUAACAUAAAAGUUGAGAAUACAAACGAUGAGCGAAAUGUAAACUACAUCAAUAAAUUAAAUAAUGAAUUAUGUAAUAUUACCGAUCUUCAUAGUAUUGAAUUUACAAGUAAUUCAAGUCAUAUCACAAACACAAAUAUACAUUAUGAAAAAGAAGUAUUUAAAAAUGAUUGUUCAAAAUCAAACACUAAAGGAGUAAAUCAGCAAUCUACUGAAUUCAAGACUAACACUAAUACCCCCAUUAACUUAGUUACAAAUAAUAGUGUAAACGACAACAUUAAUGGGAAUAAAGUUAACAUCUUAAAUAAUUAUCUUCCAAUUACCGUAACAACUAAUGAAAAUGAAAAUAAAACGAAUACAAAUGUUGAAACGGAUGAAUCUAAAAUUGACUUAAUGAGCAAAAACAAGUUACUUACAUUACACAAUUUAUUUUUCAAACUCGACGGAAAUACGUUAGAGAAUAUGUCAACAUGUUAUGUAUGUAACAUGAAAGUUGACGGAUCAUUAAAAGCUCAUAUCUUUAAUGAACAUGAAAAGAUCGUUCAUGAACUAAUGAAUGAAACUUUAGAGUCUAAUGAAAAUAUACGUGUUGAACAUUCAUGUCAUGAAUGCCAUCAAAUAUUUAAUUCUGAUACAUUAUUGAAAGAACAUAUCGAGCAGUGUGAGUGUAACAUCAAAUGUAUGGGUAGGGCAUCGGCUAGUAGUAAAAAUUCUGCAGAAAACGAGGAAUAUAUUAAUCAGCAUGUUAAAGACUUGGGCGAAAGAAAACAGACAACAAUGUUAAGUAGUUUUUGCAAAAUAUGUAAUAAAGAAUUGUGCAAUAAGUAUUUCAUGAAAACUCACAUGCAACGUAUGCAUGGUAUAUCGAUUCAAAAUGGUAAUCAUAUUGGGGGAGUAGUAUGUGACAUAUGUAACAAAGAACUUUGCAGUAAAUAUUUUCUACGAGUACACAAACAGAACUCACAUGGCAUAGUCGAAAAUGGAUCAUGCCAAAAAUAUUGGUCCGAUUCGAUGACUGAGAAUGGACAACUAUCUGAUGAAACUGAAAACGGUCAUAGAUAUUAUAAACAUUAUACUGAAGUAUGUAAUAUAUGUCUUAGACGAUUUAGAAGUUCAAAAUGGUUAAGUGCUCAUUUAUUAAACGAUCAUGGUUCUGAGGGAAAAUUUCAGUGGAAGCAUAUUCAGAAUCAUUUGGAAGAAGAAAAGCAAAAUUUGCAAUUUAACUGCGAGUUAAACACGAACUUAAUAGCAAUUGGAAGUCCUAAACAAAAUCCAGUCGAAGAGCAAAUAAUAUGCGAUGAGAUGAAACAGUAUCGUUGUUCAUACUGCUCAUUCACCACAUCCAUUUUAUCGUUUCUUUUCGUACAUGAAAAAUUUCAUCUCACCGAAAAUAAAACCACAAAGGAUAUGUCUUUAACAUGUCCGACCUGCAGCGUGGCGUUUCAAAACAAGACAAAGUUGGAAAAUCAUUUUACACAUUGUCAUAUCAAUUCAGAUGCAAAAAAUUCGCCCGUUCCAUACGCUACUUUACAUUCACCGGAUAACACAAACGUCACACUCAACGCUAAUGAAGAUUCGUCAACAGACAAAUCGUUGGACAAUAACGGAAAUGACGUAUUCGCCGACAAACUUGAAACAUCGAUCAAGCCACGUCAAACCGAAGACACAUCGCCGUCUACAGAAAAAAAACACAAUAUUCCCGAAUCAAAUCACGAGCCGUUUAUAAUGCAGUCGUUUUUUCUCGAAAACUGUUCAGUAUCUCCGUCGGUCAAGAAGGAAAUGAGUGGUCGCAGUGAUUCAUUUCAUUCAUCUCUAGUCUACUUACCAGUCAAGGAAAAGUUAACGUCAACUGUUAAUGUUUUCUUCAAGCUAACCCCAACAUAAAUAUCUGCGUUUUUAAGCUUAUAUACAUAGGUGAGUGUAGCAUUCUAUAGCUCACGGCAUACAAUAAUUUAGCUAACUAUAAGCUUAAACAUAUUAAAUAAUUAAAGUUUGUAUGAUAUAACAUAAUAUUAUAAUAUACAUCCACAGAAUUAAAAUAAGACUGAACUACAUAUUUUAUGGGUGCUGGAAUGAAAUUUGGUGAUAUUGAUAAUACUAAAGUUCCUAAUUUAGCCUUGAAUAAAAUAUUAUGUCAUAAUAUAACAUUGGUAGUUUUGUUUAAAUUCCAAUUCGUAAAUUCGAGCUACUCCGGGAAUCCAUAUGCACCAAAUUCAAAGUUAAAAGCAUAAUUAAAAUAAAUUAUGUAAUAAUAUGAUGAUCAAAGUUCUAAAAAAAUAAUAUCU